CAGAGAUAAUGGUCACCUAGGGGUGAAGGUUACCACCAAAGAACAUCAUUUUGGUCUAGGGGCUCUAGUUUCUGAAGCUGAAAAAUACCAGAAUACUUUCCAGCAAGAACAAGAAGUGAGAAACCAAGAUAGAUUCAUCUCUACACUGAAAUUACAGGCAUUUGGAUACCUUCGUGAUAAAACAGGCCCUUUUCUUCAUCUGUUGAUGGUUUGAUAGUGGGUUGGGAAGGAAAGCUGUGAUCCUCCACAUUAGUCAGCAGAUACUUGAUUGAUUUGGUAUUUAGCUUAGUCAAAUUGAAGAUCUCAAACAGACAAAUCAUGGCUUGGAAGAAUAUGUUAAGAAACUCUUGGAUAGUAAGGAGGUGGUAAGCAGUCAAGUAGAUGAUUUAACCACCCACAAUGAGCAACUUUGUAAAGAAUUGAUUAAAAUUGGCCAACUAGCGGAGCAACUAGAAAAAGAGAAAAAUUUUGUUGUGGAUACCGCUGACAAGGAACUUGAAGAAGCAAAGAUUGAACGCAUUUGCCAGCAAAAUAACAUAACAGUAUUGGAAGAUACAAUAAAAAGGCUUAGAUCAACUCGAUUCCUUUGUCAAGACUUUAGAAGCAGACAGAGAUUACUAUAAAAGUGAAGCUCAAAAUUUGAGAAAAAUGAUCAGAAGUAGAUCUAAAAGUCCAAGACGCCCAUCUCCAUCUUCCCGGGGUGCAAACUGUGAUGUAGAGCUUUUGAAGACAACAAGAGAUCGUGAAGAACUUAAAUGCAUGCUGGAAAAGUAUGAGCGUCAUUUGGCAGAAAUUCAGGGUAAUGUCAAGGUUCUUACAUCUGAGAGAGACAAGACCUUUCUUCUUUAUGAACAGGCACAGGAAGAAAUUGCCCGACUUCGGCGGGAAAUGAUGAAAACCUGUAAGUCUCCUAAAUCAACAACAGCGCAUGCUAUUCUUCGGCGGGUGGAAACUGAAAGAGAUGUUGCCUUCACGGAUUUACGAAGAAUGACCACAGAGCGAGAUAGUCUGAGGGAAAGGCUAAAGAUUGCUCAAGAGACAGCAUUCAAUGAGAAGGCUCACUUGGAACAAAGGAUAGAAGAGCUGGAGUGUACAGUUCAUAAUCUUGAUGAUGAACGUAUGGAGCAAAUGUCAAAUAUGACUUUAAUGAAGGAAACCAUAACCACUGUGGAAAAAGAAAUGAAAUCACUAGCAAGAAAGGCAAUGGAUACUGAAAGUGAACUUGGCAGACAAAAAGCAGAGAAUAAUUCUUUGAGACUUUUAUAUGAAAACACAGAAAAAGAUCUUUCUGAUACUCAGCGACAUCUUGCUAAGAAAAAGUAUGAGCUACAGCUUACUCAGGAGAAAAUUAUGUGCUUGGAUGAAAAAAUUGAUAAUUUUACAAGGCAAAGUAUUGCCCAGCGAGAAGAAAUCGGCAUUCUUGGUGCAACACUCAAUGAUCUGGCUAAGGAAAAGGAAUGCCUGCAAGCAUGUUUGGAUAAAAAAUCUGAGAAUAUUGCAUCCCUUGGAGAGAGUUUGGCAAUGAAAGAAAAGACAAUUUCAGGCAUGAAGAAUAUCAUUGCUGAGAUGGAACAGGCAUCAAGACAGUCUACGGAAGCCCUAAUUAUGUGUGAACAAGAUAUUUCCAGAAUGCGUCGGCAACUGGAUGAAACAAAUGAUGAGCUGGCUCAAAUUGCCAGGGAAAGAGAUAUCUUGGCUCAUGAGAAUGACAAUCUCCAAGAACAGUUUGGCAAAGCCAAACAAGAAAACCAGGCACUAUCCAAAAAAUUGAAUGAUACGCAUAAUGAACUUAAUGACAUAAAACAAAAGGUCCAAGACACUAAUUUGGAGGUUAACAAGCUGAAAAAUAUAUUAAAGUCUGAAGAAUCUGAAAACCGGCAAAUAAUGGAGCAACUCCGAAAAGCUAAUGAAGAUGCUGAAAACUGGGAAAAUAAGGCCCGCCAAACAGAGGCCGAUAACAAUACCCUCAAACUGGAGCUUAUCACGGCUGAAGCAGAGGGUAAUAGGUUAAAAGAAAAAGUAGAUGCUCUCAACAGAGAGGUGGAGCAACACUUAAAUGCAGAAAGAUCUUACAAGUCCCAGAUUUCAACCUUACACAAAUCUGUUGUGAAGAUGGAAGAGGAGCUUCAGAAGGUUCAGUUUGAAAAGGUAUCUGCACUUGCAGAUCUGUCUUCCACAAGGGAACUCUGUAUUAAACUUGACUCAAGCAAAGAACUUCUAAAUCGACAGCUGGUUGCUAAAGAUCAAGAAAUAGAAAUGAUGGAGAAUGAGUUAGAUUCUGCUCGUUCUGAAAUAGAACUCCUCAGGAGUCAGAUGACAAAUGAGAGAAUCUCCAUGCAGAAUCUAGAAGCUUUGCUGGUGGCCAAUCGAGACAAAGAAUAUCAGUCUCAGAUAGCACUUCAAGAAAAAGAAUCUGAAAUUCAGCUUCUUAAAGAACACCUUUGUUUGGCAGAAAAUAAAAUGGCUAUCCAGAGUAGAGAUGUGGCCCAGUUCAGAAAUGUCGUGACACAAUUGGAAGCGGAUUUAGACAUUACUAAAAGACAACUAGGGACAGAGCGCUUUGAAAGGGAGAGGGCUGUCCAAGAACUUCGCCGCCAGAAUUACUCAAGUAAUGCUUAUCAUUUGAGCUCAAUGAAGCCAAGUUCAAAAUGUCACUCACCAGAACGUGCUCACCAUCGAUCUCCUGACCGAGGCCUCGAUCGAUCACUAGAAGAGAAUCUUUGUUAUAGAGAUUUCUGACACAGAUUCUUCACAUCCUUGAAAAGGUCAAAGAUACAAACGGAUUUUUUGCUAUAUGGUUGCAUUUAUCUUUUGAAUGCUUCACGGUGUUAAAUGUUUUUAUUAAUUUUGUGCCUCUGAAUCUGUUCUUGUGUGCCAUAUUGCAGUGGUCUGAGAUGACUUAUACAAACAAAAAAUGCAUAUGGCUCUUUCUAUCCGUACAGUAAUAGUGAGUGUAAAAUCUGCUUACUUCACUAUUGAACACUGUUUUGUUAACUAUCCGGAGUAAAUAAAGAAGCUUAAAAAAGAGGGAAAAGUGUUUAUAUAAAACUGAUUUCCUUUUAUUUCUUGGUAUCUCAACUAACUGGUUGAUUAAGUUUUUUCUUUGUUAUUUAUGUUUUCAUGGCUGGAGAAAUAGUGCCAAAAUAGGCACAGUUUACCAACACUGGCCUGGGACCCAAUAUUGCAUUUUGGAACCAGCCUGACAUAAAUUCCAUGCCACAGUCUGACUUCAAAGCAGCAGAAAGUAGGGGUCUGUCAGGGUUUUAAAUCCAUACUAUUGUAUCACUCAAAGACUACUUAACAUGCAUUUUCUACAAUUGUGUUUACUCCUACUAUUUUUUAGAAAGGUAGGUGAUGAUACAUCUGUCAAGAAUGUAAGAUUUUCUUAAAAUCUGUAUUUUUAAUAAGUUUUCUUUAAAACAUUAAAGUACUGCAAUCAACUUAAUUGCCAUUUUAUUUUAUUUUGCCUGUGGCAGCUGUGUGUAAUCUAGAGUAGCAGUUAAUUGAUGUUACCUUUUUUUCACCCCUAAAAUCUUCUAAAUCUCUUUUCUGUCCAUGGGCUUUGAUUUAAUGUUGAUAUUAGAGCCUGAUUACUACUGUAUUUUACUGAUAUAAGCUAUUUGUAUUCUUGCAUUUUAAUAAACCAAAACAAGUCCUGUCAUUAAUAGUA